GUUGCUAGUCAGCGACACCUGAUGUUAAUGUAGCUAGCAGGCUUCGCUACCUUUCACCCGGGUCUCUGUGUUGUUUUCCAGUUAUUAAAACUCCUUCCUAAAAAUGGAGACCAUUUAUGUCCAGGGUAUUUGGGUUGCGGAGGCUUUUCAGUCGAAAACGAGGAAAUACGAGGAUUUCUGGCUGUUCGCGACUCAUAUCGGAGACCCUAAAGCCGCCUUCCUGAUUGUGUUCCCGCUCGCCUUCUAUGUGCACCGCCGCACCGGCGUCGCGGUGGUUUGGGUGGCCGCUCUGUCUGAGUGGCUCAAUCUGGUUUUUAAAUGGAUCCUGAUUGGACAGAGGCCGUACUGGUGGAUCGGUGAAUCUGGUUUAUUUUUGAAAAACAAACCGGAGCUCCAGCAGUUCCAGUGCACCUGCGAAACUGGACCAGGUAGUCCCUCAGGUCAUGCCAUGAUCACUGGUGCAGUCUGGUGGGUGGUGGCGUCCUCUCUGGCCUCCUUCCUUCACUCUCGCACUGGCAGUAAGUUACUGGCUGCAGUGCCUUUCCUGGUCUACGCUGUGCUGCUGGCGGCGGUUAGUCUGUCUCGGAUCUUCAUCUUGGCGCACUUUCCUCACCAGGUCGUUGCCGGCGUUCUGGCAGGGGUGAUGCUGGGAGUGCUCCUAAACCGUACAGUGCCUGAAUGGCGCUCCCUGGUGUUCUUCCUGUGUUCUAGCAUGGCUCUGCUGUUAGGAGCACUGCUGAUGUAUGCUGGGCUGGAACAGUUUGGAAUCGAUCUUUCCUGGUCUAUUUCUCUGGCUAAAAGAUGGUGCUCUAAGUCCGAGUGGGUGCGAAUGGACACGGCUCCUUUCUCGUCUCUGACCCGCGAUGCCGGAUCUCUGCUCGGCCUGGGGCUCGCUCAGUUCUGGAAGCCGGGAGGAUGGGCUCCUCCCUGGGUACCAAAGACACUCUGCCUGGCCCUGUCCUCUCUGGCCCUCUUCCACAUCAGCCAGUUCCCUCUGCCCACCGUUCCGCCCCUGCUCUUUUACUCCCUCUUCUUCCUCAGAUACGCCAUCGUGCCGCAGGUGGUGAUGGUGAUGGUUCCGGGCCUCGUGCAUCUCCUCACAGCCAAACCUAAGAGAGACUGAAACUUCACGGCUUUUGACUUUUACAUACUUUCACACGUGCUUUCAUACAUGCUGAACAUGCGUGCAGGCAGCACGGCUGCAGAGCAAAGGCGUCCAGUCUGGGGACGGUUUUUUGUUGUUGUUGUUUCUUGUUUAAAACUGGCCUCAGUUUGAUUGUUCCUUUCUUUAUUAAUUGUACUGUAUAGUGGAGACGUAUUGACAUACAUUCCAGGCUGCUUUUGUUCUGGAUCAAGAACACGUUGGCACUCCUAUGAUGACUAAUCGCAGUAAGAGCUACUCAGAUGGUGAGUAUUACUGAAAGCCAGACUAGCUGUUAUUUAAUAUUUCAUGCUGCGGGUAUCAGGUUGUUUUGAGGAUUCUUGCUAUGACUGCUUACCUGAUUGGCUGCUCAGUCUUUUAUUUAAAGUCAUAAGGACUCAAUGAGUUCCCAUUGUUUUUUUUUAAACUAAAAUCUGAUUUCUUUUAGUGAACAUUUGGCCGAAUCCAUGGAGCCCCACUGGUGACAUUCCGUAUAAAUAAAAAUAAUGCAUGGCCACGACUUAGUACGGCGUGGGAACGAGAUCCUAAUGUGUGGCCAUGACUUAGUAAGGGAUGAUAUCAUCCCCAUACCUUACUAAGUGGUGGCUGUGACUUAAUUAUCUCAUUCCUAUGCCUUGAAAAGUCGUGGCUACGCAUUAGGAUCUUGUUCCCAUGUGUUAAUAAGGCAUGGCCAUGCAUUAUUUUUGUUUAUAUGGGAUGUACGUCACCGUACAAAUCAAAAACAAUUAAUAGAAAAGCAACUAGCUUCAAGCUAGUGUACACUCUUUAAAAGAUGGUUCUUUAGUAAAGACAGUGGUUCUGUAUAGAACCAUGAACGCUCAAAGAACCAUUUGCAUGCUUAAAUGGUCUCUGCAUGGUGAAAUGUUCUUCAG